AACGGUUCUCCGGUGCGACUCGUUGGACUGAUGACGGACACGGUUUGAUGGUGCGCAUGCGUAGAUCUGUAGUCGAAUGCAGCAGUAGUGGAGACAGGGAAUAUGUAACCGGUAUUUUUUUUUUUACCGACCUCUCCGUUGUGAUCUUGGUUGUAAAUCAUAGGCCACCUGAGCAUUUCUCCAUCCUCGAUCUGUGCGCGCUAUGAACCGUGUAUGUGGAUAUCUUGCUCAGUGUUUUAUAGCCUUAUACGUACCGGCCUAGUUGAGUCGUAACGAAACGACCUGAAGUCCCUUUUAUUUGUGAUGAUCGUUUCUACUUGUUGUCUAUGGACCGGAUCCACCGUACAAUGAUAGGCACGGAGGAUAUGUCCCGGUAGAACAUGGGCCUGUAACGAACCGAUAUUUCUAACAUUCUCCUAUAAGGAGAAGGACAGAGAAAACGGAAAGAUGAAGAUCUGGAGUACAGAACAUGUUUUCAGCUACCCGUGGGAGACGGUGAUCAAGGCAGCGAUGAGGAAGUACCCUAACCCCAUGAACCCUAAUGUGGUGGGAGUGGAUGUGUUGGACAGGAACCUGGAUACCGACGGACGGCUCCACAGCCACAGACUCCUCAGCACCGAGUGGGGCCUGCCAGGCAUCGUACGAGCGAUCUUGGGGACCGGUCAUACCCGGACGUACGUCAAGGAGCACUCCAUCGUGGAUCCCGAGGAGAAAAAGAUGGAGCUUUAUUCAACUAAUAUAACUCUAACCAAUCUGGUGUCAGUGGAUGAACGACUGGUUUACAGACCUCAUCCAGACAACCCAGAGGUUACUGUUCUGACCCAGGAGGCCAUCAUCACAGUAAAAGGAGUCAGUUUGAGCAGUUACCUAGAGGGAAUGAUGGCCCUCAGAAUGUCAGCUAACGCCAGAAAGGGUUGGGAUGCUAUUGAGUGGAUCAUUCAGAACUCUGAAAGGGAGAACGUUCCUCUGUGUGAGCUGUACUGACUCUGGAAGGGCCAAUCAGAGGACUGUGUCGACCACAUGAUCAGGGACUAUAUCAUCCUACACCAACCAGCCCUGACAAACCUCCCACAUGGCAGCCAGCCCAGACAAACCUCCCACAUGGCAACCAGCCCAGACAAACCUCCCACAUGGCAACCAGCCCAGACAAAGCUCCCACAUGGCAGCCAGCCCAGACAAACCUCCCACAUGGCAACCAGCCCAGCCAACCCUCCCUGGUGACCAGGCUCCAUAGAGGGCAUCACAACCCUCCCUGGUGACCAGGCUUUAUAGAGGGCAUCACAACCCUCCCUGGUGACCAGGCUUCAUAGAGGGCAUCACAACCCUCAUCACAACCCUCCCUGGUGACCAGGAUCUAUAGAGGGCAUCACAACCCUCAUCACAACCCUCCCUGGUGACCAGACUUUAUAGAGGGCAUCACAACCCUCAUCACAACCCUCCCUGGUGACCAGGCUCCAUAGAGGGCAUCACAACCCUCCCUGGUGACCAGGCUCCAUAGAGGGCAUCACAACCCUCCCUGGUGACCAGGCUCCAUAGAGGGCAUCACAACCCUCCCUGGUGACCUGGCUUCAUAGAGGGCAUCACAACCCUUCCUGGUGACGAGGCUUCAUAGAGGGCAUCACAACCCUCCUCCAUGCCCAUAAAGAAUGUUGCUGUCUGUCAAGUCGACGAUCAAUAGAAACACAAGGGUUAUUAAUAUAUCAUCAGAAAGACUGCGAUCAUUGAUCCUUCCACAGAAAGAUUUCCCUACUGAGGGAUUGAGGCCAACGUUAAUGUCCAGGAGGAUAUUGAUUGGAUACAAAGGUCUAUGAUAGAUGUAGGUUGCGUGCCAUUUAGGAUGCUAUAUAGGAUGACAUUUAGAAUGCUAUUUAGGAUGCUAUUUAGGAUGCUAUUUAGGAUGCCAUUUAGGAUGCUAUUUAGGAUGCUAUUCAGGAUGCUAUUUAGGAUGCUAUUUAGGAUGCUAUUCAGGAUGCUAUUUAGGAUGCUAUUCAGGAUGCUAUUCAGGAUGCUAUUUAGGAUGCCAUAUGUAGUGUGAAUUACAUAUAAAAGCUACAAAAUGUCAUUCUCCAUAUGAAAUGCGGAUGGUAUUUGCUAUGGAAAUUAUCUACUGCCAUACACUGUAUGAAGUAUGCAUUCAGCAUUCUCAUAUGGGAGGUUCAUCCAGGAAUCUAUCACAGCAUUCUCAUAUGGGAGGUUCAUCCAGGAAUCUGUCACAACAUUCUCUUACGGAAGGUUCUUCCAGGGAAUCUGUCACAACAUUCUCUUACGGAAGGUUCUUCCAGGGAAUCUGUCACAACAUUCUCUUACGGAAGGUUCUUCCAGGGAAUCUGUCACAACAUUCUCUUACGGAAGGUUCAAUGGUUUUUCAUAUUUAAACGAGAGAGUUUCUUUGCCGUUUUAAACACAAUGGAUAUUUCUUUGCACGUAGAUAGUCUAGGAUUAUGAAGGUAUAUACAUUAAAUGAAUGUACAGUGACCUCACAUAGAUAGGAAAACUACAGUAGAGCUAACAAUGCAGUCAAAAUAUAUCUAAAUGUUCAGACAGAAAGUUCCAGGGUUAGAGAGAGAACAACCUCACUCUCCAGACCAGGGUGAUAUGUUCGGACAGAAAGUUCCAGGGUUAGAGAGAACAACCUCACUCUCCAGACCAGGGUGAUAUGUUCGGACAGAGAGUUCCAGGGUUAGAGAGAACAACCUCACUCUCCAGACCAGGGUGAUAUGUUCGGACAGAGAGUUCCAGGGUUAGAGAGAACAACCUCACUCUCCAGACCAGGGUGAUAUGUUCGGACAGAAAGUUCCAGGGUUAGAGAGAACAACCUCACUCUCCAGACCAGGGUGAUAUGUUCGGACAGAAAGUUCCAGGGUUAGAGAGAACAACCUCACUCUCCAGACCAGGGUGAUAUGUUCGGACAGAAAGUUCCAGGGUUAGAGAGAACAACCUCACUCUCCAGACCAGGGUGAUAUGUUCGGACAGAAAGUUCCAGGGUUAGAGAGAACAACCUCACUCUCCAGACCAGGGUGAUAUGUUCGGACAGAAAGUUCCAGGGUUAGAGAGAACAACCUCACUCUCCAGACCAGGGUGAUAUGUUACAUAGCUGUGAACAGGACCUCGUUGGGUU